UCGUAUAGCCUACUAAAAGCUAACAGUUGUUGGAGCUCAGAUACCCCACGGCAAGGGAAUCCCAGAGAUAUGGCUUCGUCUCUCCCACGUCUGCACGCAGUAAUGGUGCCACUUCUCAAGGCCAUAUCAACCCUUUCUUUCACUUGGCAAAACUUUUAGCUGCCCGGGGAUUUUUCGUCACUUUCAUCACUACAAAGUGGACAGAGGAAAGAAUUUUUCGACCGCCUAACGAUGCCCACUGCGAUCUCCCGUCGGUUGGAACAGCAAGGAAUGCACUUUCGGUUUCUCUCUCUUCCUGACGGCCUCCUUCCUCAUCAUCCUCGCCUUCUUAUAAUCCAUGAGUUUUUCCAAGCAAUACACAAACUAAGCCCCGCCAUGGUUCGACUCCUACAAAGUACGGCCGAUGAGGUUCCACCAAUAACAUGCAUGAUAGCGGAUUCUCUCUUCGCCUGUGCUGAAGAGGUUGCCACGGUGCUUGGCGUUCCCCGCGCCGUAUUCUGGACAUUCUCUUGCUCUGCGUCCAUUGCGUUAACUAAUUCCCGGUUUCUCUUCGACAAGGGACUCAUUCCAGUCAAUGUGAAGGAGGUACAGCGCCCAGAAAACCUUAUCACUUGUCUGCCCGGAAACAUUCCACCAGUCAAACCAACGGAUUUGAUGAUAUUCUUCCGAAGCAAGUCCGAUCCCAUUUUCGAUAUCUUUCUUUACGUAUCAGACAAACAGAAGUAGGCCGAUUACAUGCUUGUCAAUACGUUCGAUGAACUUGAAGGUCCGGGAGCCGUAACGGGACUCUCCAAUGGGUGUCCUGUUCUCACCGUCGGCCCUAUCUUCUUCCUUGACUUUCUCCAAGCCAGUGCCUCUUCUGUGAACAUUUCAAUAAGCCUUUGGGAGGAUGAUCUUGACUGCCUUAAGUGGCUUGAACCUUCUUCUGUUCUGUACGUCUCUUUUGGGAGCAUCGCAGUUAUGUCGAUUGAGCAGUUGCAAGAACUGGCUCUAGGAUUUUGGAAGAGAACUAUUGACUACUAGUCUAAGAGAAUAUAUUCCAUAUAUUGGAGCUACAUGAUUAUGUUAUAGGAUAACUUUAUAUGAUGAACAUGUGUGGUCGAUAAUUAGAUUAUAGGCUUGUGAUUCAAUAUCAUAUGCAGAUUUCAUAAUGUAAUCAA